AUGGCCGAACCUGCCGCUGCCGCCGCCGGUACAACGGAGGGAGAGACUGGACCGGGCUACACGCGAGUAGACAUUCCGUUCGUCAUCGACAGGAUCCUGGUGACGGACGCGGAGCUGAUUCGGAAGAUCGCCGACCACCCGGAUGUGGACCGGGUUCACGGGGUCCCCACGAAGGAGAGACCGUGGUGGAUAAACGCCUACUUCCCGGCGACCCGGUUCAUUGACCGGCAGGACGAAAUGUUCGUUCCCCUUACCUCGACCUCCGACCCUAACUACGAGCACCGUCGCACCUACGUCGAAGAGAUGGUCAAGGACGGCGUCGCCGAGGAGGACGUGAAGAAGAUCGCGUACCUGAUGCACACGGGGGCCCCGCAGGAUGAGCUGGAGAGGGCCGUGGUGAACGGAGUCAACCGUCGCUUCUUCGGCCAGGAUAUUCCCGCCGACAUAGUCGAGCACUCCAGCAAGACGGCCAACACCAUCGGAGACGCGCUCUCGUCCGGAUACUUCCCGACCCUGCGGCACCAGGGGAAGGUGAUGGACUUCAUCGAGCAGAACAACGAGCUGCACCAGGGCUGUCCCGUCGCGGAUUUCUCCCACCACAUCGGGGCGGCGGCGCAGCUUUUGACCCCGUCUUGCCAGUUCCUUUACAAGGAGAAGGACCGCUCCAGGGCCAUCCUUGACAUAUUCACGCAGGGCGACAUGCCGAUGACCGUCGCGACCCCGCGGAUCGCCAUCAAGGACAGCACCCUCGGGGGCCUGCUGAAAAAGCCUGCCAAGGCGAAAUGGACGAUGUUCAUCCUGAACAUUCGGCAGGCCGCCGCCGAGACUAAGGACUCCCUGUUCACGUUCGGUGCCGGGGUGGACAAGAGGCAGUGCGCCUUCCGCUUCGCCUUCCAGAAGCUCAUGGCCGACCUGCAGACGGAACUAGCUCGGCUCGAGGCUGCAGACGCCGCGGAAGGUGCUGCUGCUACCGACACCUCCCAGACGGGGUAA